GCCCGGGAAGCUGCGCGAAGCUGGGCGCCGCCGCCACAUCCUCCGGAGCUCUGGGUCCAGGCGAGCCGAGUCGAGCCGGGCCAGGACCAAGCGGAGCGGUCCGACGGCACGAGCGAGCCGAACGCUGAGCCAUGGCGCACCAGACCGGCAUCCAUGCCACUGAAGAGCUAAAGGAAUUCUUUGCCAAGGCCCGGGCUGGCUCCAUCCGACUCAUCAAAGUCGUCAUUGAGGACGAGCAGCUCGUGCUCGGUGCCUCGCAGGAGCCAGUGGGACGCUGGGACCAGGACUACGACAGGGCUGUGCUGCCGCUGCUAGACGCCCAGGAGCCCUGCUACCUCCUCUUCCGCCUUGACUCGCAGAAUGCCCAGGGUUUCGAGUGGCUCUUCCUGGCCUGGUCACCUGAUAAUUCACCUGUGCGGCUGAAGAUGUUGUAUGCGGCCACGCGAGCCACAGUGAAGAAGGAGUUUGGAGGCGGCCACAUCAAGGAUGAGCUCUUCGGGACAGUAAAGGACGACCUCACCUUGGCUGGGUACCAGAAACACCUGUCAUCCUGUGCGGCACCUGCCCCACUUACUUCGGCAGAGAGAGAGCUCCAGCAGAUCCGAAUCAACGAGGUGAAGACCGAGAUCAGCGUGGAAAGCAAGCACCAGACCCUGCAGGGCCUGGCCUUCCCCCUGCGGCCUGAGGCCCAGCGGGCCCUCCAGCAACUCAAGCAGAGGACCGUCAACUACAUCCAGCUGAAGCUGGACCUGGAACGGGAGACCAUUGAGCUGGUACACACAGAGCCCACAAAUGUGACCCAGCUGCCCUCACGGGUUCCCCGAGAUGCUGCCCGCUACCACUUCUUCCUGUACAAGCAUACCCAUGAGGGUGACUCCCUUGAAUCUGUGGUGUUCAUCUACUCCAUGCCGGGGUACAAGUGCAGCAUUAAGGAGCGCAUGCUCUACUCCAGCUGCAAGAGCCGCCUCCUCGACUCUGUAGAGCAAGACUUCCAGCUGGAGAUAGCUAAGAAGGUUCUCUGUCACAGGACCCUUCACCCCUUGUCUCUCCUGGUGCAAGCUGCCGUGCUGGCCGAGGUUCUGGCUCUGGGCACCCUGCCUGCCUUCCUGCCCUGUGAGCUGAAGCCUCGUGGCCUGGUAGACUGCAACUGGCUGUUCCUGAAGUCUGUGCCUCGCUUCUCUGCAGCAGCUGCCCGUUCCAACAUCACCAGCCUUUCCUUGAUCUCCAACCGCAUCCACCACCUGCAUAAUUCCGACUUCGUCCACCUGUCCAGCCUGCGGCACCUGAACCUCAAAUGGAACUGCCCGCCCGCUGGCCUCAGCCCCAUGCACUUCCCCUGCCACAUGACCAUCGAGCGCAACACCUUCGUGGUUGUGCGUACACUGGAAGAGCUGAAUCUGAGCUACAAUGGCAUCACCACUGUACCCCCACUGCCCAGCUCCCUAACGAACCUGAGCCUGAGCCACACCAGCAUCCUGGUACUAGAUUCUACCAGCCUUGCCGGCCUGUACAACCUGCGCUUUCUCUUCAUGGAUGGGAACUGCUACUACAAGAACCCCUGCAAUGAGUCAGUGAAGGUGGCCCCGGGUGCUCUCCUGGGCUUGAGCAAUCUCACCCAUUUGUCACUCAAGUAUAACAAACUCGAGAAGGUGCCCCGCCAACUGCCCCCCAGCCUGGAGUACCUACUGGUGUCCUAUAACCUCAUUGUCAAGCUGGCACCUGAAGACCUCGCCAAUCUGACCUCCCUGCGGGUACUUGAUGUGGGUGGGAACUGUCGCCGCUGUGACCAUGCCUUCAACCCCUGUACAGAAUGUGGACAAGAGUCCCUCCAGCUGCAUCCUGAGACCUUCCAUCACCUGAGCCACCUCGAAGGCCUGGUGCUGAAGGACAGUUCUCUCCACACGCUGAACUCCUCCUGGUUCCAAGGCCUCGUCAACCUCUCAGUGCUGGACCUGAGUGAGAACUUUCUCUAUGACAGCAUUACCCAAACUAUGGCCUUUCAGAACUUGACAAGACUGCGCAAGCUCGACCUGUCCUUCAAUUACUGCAAGAAGAUAUCAUUUGCCAAGCGCCACCUGACAAAGUCCUUCGAGAGUCUGGUGUCCCUGCAAGAGCUGAACUUGAACGGCAUCUUCUUCCGAUUGCUCAACAAGAACACACUCAGGCCGCUGACCAAUCUGCCCCACCUCCACACUCUGCAUCUGCAGAUGAACUUCAUCAACCAGGCCCAGCUCAGCAUCUUCGGUACCUUCCCAAACCUUCGUUUUGUGGACCUGUCAGAGAACCGCAUCAGUGAGUCUUUGGUAAUGUCAGCAGCACCCCCUGAAGAAGCAGAUGGUGCGGAGCAGGAGAGUCUGUGGUCUGGGGUUCCUGCCCCAACUCUACUGAGCACCCCUGGCUCUAAGAACUUCAUGGUCAGGUGCAGGAACCUCAAGUUUACCUUGGAUCUGUCUCGGAACAAUCUGGUGGUAGUCAAGCCAGAGAUGUUCAUCAACCUCUCCCACCUCCAGUGCCUAAGCCUGAGCCACAACAGUAUUGCACAGGCUGUCAAUGGCUCUCAGUUCCUGCUGCUGACCAAUCUGCGGGUGCUAGACCUCUCCCAUAACAAGCUGGACUUGUACCACGGGCGCUCGUUCACUGAACUCCCAAAAUUGCAGGCCCUGGACCUGAGCUACAACAACCAGCCCUUCAGCAUGCAGGGUAUCGGCCACAACUUCAGUUUUGUGUCCCGUCUGUCCGUGCUGCAGUACCUUAGCCUGGCACACAACGAUAUCCACAGCCGCGUGUCCUCACAUCUUCGCAGUAACUCACUGAGGUCCCUGGACUUCAGUGGCAAUGCUGUAGGCCUCAUGUGGGGUGAGGGGAACCUUUACCUCCAAUUCUUCCGGGAUCUGCGUCGCCUGUACCAGCUGGACCUGUCUCAGAAUCGCCUGCAUAUCCUCCUGCCCCAGUACCUCGACAACCUCCCCAAGAGCCUGAGGAUUCUGAACCUCCGUGACAAUUACCUGUCUUUCUUUAACUGGAGCAGUCUCACCUUCCUGCCCAACCUGAAAGUCCUGGACCUGGCAGGAAAUCAGUUAAAGGCCCUGACCAACGGCACCUUGCCUAAUGGCACCCUGCUCCAGAAGCUGGACGUGAGUAGCAACAGUAUUAUCUCUGUGGCCCCAGCCUUCUUUGCUCUGGCUGUGGAGCUGAAAGAGGUCAACCUCAGCGACAACUACCUCAAGACAGUGGAUCGCUCCUGGUUUGGGCCCAUAGUGCCGAACCUGACAAUGCUGGACGUGAGAAGCAACCCUCUGCACUGUGCCUGCGGGGCGGCCUUUGUGGACUUCCUGCUGGAGGUGCAGACUAAGGUGCCCGGCCUGCCCAACCAGGUGCGGUGUGGCAGUCCCAGCCAGCUGCAGGGCCGUAGCAUCUUCGCGCAGGACCUGCGGCUGUGCCUGGAUGAGGUCCUCUCCUGGGACUGCUUUGGCCUUUCCCUGUUGGCUGUGGCUGUGGGCAUGGCGGUGCCAUUACUGCAGCAUCUCUGCGGCUGGGACGUCUGGUACUGUUUCCACCUGUGCCUGGCAUGGAUACCUUUGCUGGCCCGGGGUCGGCGCGGCGCCCAAGCCCUGCCCUACGAUGCCUUCGUAGUGUUCGAUAAGGCGCAGAGCGCGGUUGCCGACUGGGUGUAUAACGAGCUGCGGGUGCGGCUGGAGGAGCGGCGCGGGCGCCGAGCACUGCGCCUGUGCCUGGAGGACCGCGAUUGGCUGCCGGGCCAGACGCUCUUCGAGAAUCUCUGGGCCUCCAUCUAUGGCAGCCGCAAGACGCUGUUUGUGCUGGCCCACACGGACCGGGUCAGUGGCCUCCUGCGCACCAGCUUCCUGCUGGCUCAACAGCGUCUGCUGGAGGACCGCAAGGAUGUGGUGGUGUUGGUGAUCCUGCGCCCCGAUGCCCACCGCUCCCGCUACGUGCGCCUGCGCCAGCGCCUCUGCCGCCAGAGUGUGCUCUUCUGGCCCCAGCAGCCCAACGGGCAGGGCAGCUUCUGGGCCCAACUGAGCACAGCCCUGACUAGAGACAACCGCCACUUCUAUAACCGGAACUUCUGCCGGGGACCCACAGCAGAAUAGCCCAGAGCAACAAAUGGGAACAGCGGCACCUUCACGCCUGGCCACCCGGGGUGCUCCGCCUGCCUUGCUCUGUCCUUCUCCUGCUUUACUCCACGAGUAUCCAGCAGGUGUUCAAUACAUGCUGCCAAACCACCACCCCUGGGCUCCUGGGCGGUGUGGGUGGGAGGAGAGAUGGGAAAAUUCUCCGUAUCUCCGCAUAGUAAAGAGAGAGAAGAUAGAUAAAAACGGGACCCACAGAACUAAGGUUGGCUGUGAAGGGCAAUUUUCUUCGCAGGCAUCUUCCAGGAGGGUCUGAAGAUAAUCACCAAAUGUGGACUUGAUCCUUCCCAGAG